CCCCUCUGUAACAGAGAACCCGGCAAGCGGACGAACCAGUGGGGUAACUGGUGGAAAAUGGCGCUGUCUCAAGGAACAAAGAAAAAAGUUUGCUAUUAUUAUGACGGUGACGUGGGGAACUAUUACUACGGCCAAGGCCAUCCCAUGAAACCCCACCGCAUCCGCAUGACGCACAACCUCCUCCUCAACUACGGACUGUACAGGAAAAUGGAGAUCUACAGACCGCAUAAAGCCAGCGCUGAAGAGAUGACCAAGUACCACAGUGACGACUACAUCAAGUUCCUGAGGUCCAUCCGCCCCGACAACAUGUCUGAGUACAGCAAGCAAAUGCAGAGAUUUAACGUCGGCGAGGACUGUCCCGUUUUUGAUGGUCUGUUUGAGUUUUGCCAGCUCUCAACGGGCGGCUCGGUCGCUGGAGCGGUGAAGCUGAACAAGCAGCAGACAGACAUUGCCAUCAACUGGGCCGGUGGACUCCACCACGCCAAGAAGUCUGAGGCUUCGGGUUUCUGCUACGUCAACGACAUCGUCCUGGCCAUCCUGGAGCUGCUGAAGUACCACCAGAGGGUGCUGUACAUAGACAUAGACAUCCACCAUGGCGAUGGAGUAGAGGAGGCCUUCUACACCACAGACAGAGUCAUGACGGUUUCCUUCCACAAAUACGGGGAGUACUUCCCUGGCACCGGGGAUUUGAGGGACAUCGGGGCAGGAAAGGGCAAGUACUACGCGGUGAACUACCCGCUAAGAGACGGCAUUGAUGAUGAAUCGUACGAAGCCAUCUUCAAACCUAUCAUGGCUAAAGUCAUGGAGAUGUACCAGCCAAGCGCCGUGGUUCUGCAGUGUGGAGCCGACUCUCUGUCCGGGGACCGGCUGGGCUGCUUCAACCUCACCAUCAAAGGCCACGCCAAGUGCGUCGAGUACAUCAAAAGCUUCAACCUACCUCUGCUGAUGCUGGGCGGAGGCGGCUACACCAUCCGCAACGUGGCGCGCUGCUGGACCUUCGAGACGGCCGUGGCGCUGGACUCCUCCAUCCCCAACGAGCUGCCCUACAACGAUUACUUCGAGUACUUCGGGCCCGAUUUCAAGCUGCACAUCAGCCCGUCCAACAUGACCAACCAGAACACCAACGAGUACCUGGAGAAAAUCAAGCAGCGCCUCUUCGAGAACCUCCGCAUGCUGCCCCACGCCCCCGGCGUCCAGAUGCAGGCCAUCCCCGAGGACGCGCCUCACGCCGACAGCGGGGACGAGGACGAGGAAGACUCCGACAAGCGCGUCUCCAUCCGCGCCCACGACAAGAGGAUAGCCUGCGAGGAGGAGUUCUCGGACUCUGAGGACGAGGCCGAGGGGCAAGGAGGGGGCCGCAGGAACGCCGCCAACCACAAAAAGGCCAAACGAGUGAAGAAGGAGGAAGAGAAGGAAGGAGAGGAAAAGAAAGAAGUGAAAGAGGAAGAGAAAGAAGAGGAGAAGAUGGACACAUCCGGACCAAAGGAGGAGAUCAAGACAACUUGAAGUGACGCUGAAGGAGAUAUGGAUGUCCUCCCCCCCACAGAUUCCCGUUUUACCUCACGCAGCAAAGAGGAUCUUUUUCUAUCCCUGUUUAACUUUGUUCUUGCAGACAAGCCUGGUUUAUAUUGUUUACAUGAGUCGAGCAGCAGGUGGCUGGGAGGUUGCAUAUAAGGCUGACCGUCAGCCCCGCCCACCUGUCACUAAUGAGAUGUUAAAUCCCCCCAAACCCCUGUGAGCCGCCGGAGUCAGAGAUGUAAAGGUCUCACCCGCAAAAAGACUCUCCUGGUAGUUUUUCUAACUAUUUAUGAUGCAUUAGUCCGGCGGCUCCACCGUACCGCUCCCUUCGUCAGUGAAUGCAUGCUCAGCAUCAUCUCACCGUCAGCAUGUACAUAUUUUAGUCCCCCCCCACCCCCACCUAUCUCUGCUCAUUAAGUUAUUUUAAAUCAUGUUUUCAGUCGGCUCAUCUUCCCGCUCCGUGAACGUGUUUCCUUCCUGUGCCGUUUUUAUGUCCGGGCGUGUGAAGCUCUCCAGAGGCUCGCGUCGCUGAGCAAAUGACUUCUUUUAGAGAUUUUGUAUCGUUUUACAGAAAAAGUAGAGAAGGCCCGCCAGCGGCUUUCAGUGUGGCUGGAAUUGUAUCCUUGUGAAAUGUGCAUCAUAUCUUUGUCAUAAAAAAAUUAAAGAAAAAAAAAAA